GCCACCAGUGUCAGGGCACCUUGGGUAUGUAGGGUGAGCUGGGUUUCAGCUCCUCACAAGCAUCUGAACACCAAAUCCUUUCCCAACAGCAGAAAUACAUGAAUGUAGCAGCUUUUGGGUAAAUCUGUUCUGUGUUACAGGAGCCAAACCUCUCAGCUCUCUCCCAUUCCCUGCUCUGCCAGUCCCAGAGUGCUAUGUCACUGGAAAUCUCCACAGGCAAUGCUGGGUGGGUCCUGCCCAGACGAGGGCCAGGAGCUGUCCCCGUGUCCCAGAGCUGUGCCUGGCUGGCAGGCAGGCAGUGCUGCACCCAAGGACUUGUUUCUGCUCUCACUGCUGUGCCCUUCACCUUUGCAGGCAGAGGAACAUCUGCGUGCUCUGCUCCCCGAGGACACCCAAGCCAGCACUGAAUUCCUGCCCCAGCUCAAGGAGAGGAGAUUCCUUUGCUUGGCUUAUGUUCCCAUGGAGUCCUCAUCCACUGCCCUGGGCAAGACAAAGGAGCUCAUCAGGCACGGCCGGGAGAGGAUAGAACAAACCAUCAAGGCCUCCGGCUCCAGGCUCUGCUCCUAUGCUGAGCGAGUUGUUUUUUUAAUGGAUCGUUCCCGGAGCCCAGACAAAAGCACCCAGCCUUCAACACCAACUGACAACAUCAACCUCGGACCUUCUGCUAACCCCAAUGCCAAGCCAACAGACUUUGACUUCCUAAAGGUUAUUGGCAAAGGAAGCUUUGGAAAAGUUCUCCUGGCCAAACGCAAAUGUGAUGGGACAUUUUAUGCAGUGAAAGUCUUGCAUAAGAAAACCAUCCUCAAGAAAAAGGAGCAAAACCACAUCAUGGCAGAACGCAAUGUGCUCCUGAAAAAUGUCAAGCACCCCUUCCUCGUGGGACUCCACUACUCCUUCCAGACCUCAGAGAAGCUUUACUUUGUGCUUGACUAUGUAAAUGGAGGAGAGCUCUUCUUCCACCUGCAAAGGGAGCGCUGUUUCCGUGAGCCCAGGGCUCGAUUCUACGCUGCAGAAGUUGCCAGUGCCAUUGGGUACCUGCAUUCCCUAAACAUCAUCUACAGGGAUUUAAAGCCUGAGAACAUCCUCCUGGAUUGCCAGGGACAUAUAGUACUGACAGACUUUGGACUCUGCAAAGAAGGAAUGGAGCAAGAGGAGACAACUUCUACCUUUUGUGGCACUCCUGAGUAUCUGGCUCCUGAGGUGCUAAAGAAGCAGCCCUAUGACAGGACAGUAGACUGGUGGUGCCUAGGAGCUGUCCUCUAUGAAAUGCUCUUUGGGCUGCCUCCUUUUUACAGCCGGGAUGUGUCUCAGAUGUAUGACAACAUUCUGCACAAGCCACUGCAGAUCCAAGGAACCAAGACUGUGGCAGCUUGUGACAUCAUCCAGGGACUUCUCCACAAGGACCAGAAGAGGAGGCUGGGUGCCAAAACAGACUUUCUUGAGAUAAAGAACCAUGUAUUCUUCAGCCCAAUAAACUGGGAUGAUUUAUAUCACAAGAGGAUUACUCCCCCAUUCAACCCCAAUGUGGCUGGCCCAGCUGAUCUGCGACACUUUGAUCCUGAGUUUACCCAAGAAGCCAUCUCUGCCUCCAUCACCCGCACGCCUGACCUAGCAGCCAGCAGCUCCAGUGCCUCAGAUGCAUUUUUAGGAUUUUCAUAUGCACCAACUGAAGAGGACAUUUAAGUUUUAUAAAGGCUUUGUUUAGCCAUAUUUUAAAUGAAUGGGUUUUAUGUUUAUUUUCUUCUUUUCGUUUUCCCUUUUGAGAGGACUGGUACUGUCCUUUGCGCAUGGUUUAAGGAAAUUGGCACUAACACACUAACUGGCUGGGAUGGAACAGAGCUCUUAAUUUUUGCUGUUUGGUGGAUUUUUUCCCUAAAUGAAUAUUUCCCUGCCAGGGAAAGUAGGACACUGACUAUGAUUUUUCCCUGAGUGUCUUGUGCUACUUGGAGAAUUGUAUUCACUCUGGUUGUAUUUAUGGUUGAGGUAUGUGCCAUCAUUCACAUCAACAGCCAUGUCCCAGUAACUGGGCACUUUUUUUAAAUUUUGUUUUGAGGAGGUAUGCUCAGCUAUGUUCAAUGCCUUUCCCCAAGCCCCCAACAGAAAAGGAAACCUGUCACUCAAGCUGCUCAUCCUGGGCUGAGGGAAAAACUGUUUCCCAGUUAUUGCUCCAAAGGCACCUGCAGCUCUGUAAAUCCUGAACUGCACUGUGGCUUUUCAUGCCAGAAAAUCCUUGAAGUGAGUGGAUCAGCUUUCUAGUCCAGGACUGGGAUAUCACUUAAGCAACAACAAGGCUGUGCUGGAGGAGCUCAUGUGUAACAGGAAAAAUCCCAGACCUCAGGGGGGCUGGGGAAAGAGGCCAAGUUGUUUGGAAAAAUAAAAAUAACUUUAUAGCUGAAGUCGGGGUGGGGGUGCUUUCACAGCAUGUGCUUGACUUUCACCAGGCACACCAACACUACUGUGCUGAGCACAGGGCAGUGAACAGCACGUGCUGGCCAAGGUCCAGGCUCCAGCACUCACCUGACAAUGCCCAUCACUGAUCUGGAACAGUUAUUUAUUCUGCCUUAAUUUAAAUAUUGGUGUAUUCAUUGAAUGUCACUUCCCACAUUUUUUUUUUAAGCUGUUCUGUUCUGUUGCUGGGGGGAGGAGAGGGGGCUCAGAGCAACACGGGGAUAAGCAAGGGGCUUUCUAAAAGUUGUGUGAUGCUCAUGCUAUGGGGAACCUUGUGCUGGUACAACUCGGUGUAUGGAUUCGUUUUUUUUUGUUUUUUUUUUUUUUUAAAUCGGGCUCAAUCUUGUAUAUGCUG